AUGGCUAACACUCCUCUGCUCCUGCUGAUUGCUGUCCUGCCAGCCCUGACUCUCUGUGCCUAUGUGGACGUGGGAAUAAUCAAUGGGACUGAGGCCAAACCUCACUCCAGACCCUACAUGGUCUCUGUGCAGUUAAACAAUCAGCAUAUUUGUGGUGGUUUUCUUGUGUCUGAGUCCUUUGUUAUGACCGCUGCCCACUGUGACAACGGACCUGGUAUGACAGUUGUGGUGGGUGUUCAUGAUCUGUUUGCCACAGAUCAGUUCACUGUCCGCAUGAGAGUGAGGCGUCGUCUCCCUCAUCCUGGUUAUAACAACAAGACUUUGCAGCAUGACAUCAUGCUUUUGCAGAUGCACGGUCUCUGCAGAGCUCUGCUGGUGACAGCUAUCGCCACGGCAACGUUCACUGCCUCGUUUGGGGAUGAAAUCAUCAAUGGAAAAAAAGCCAAGACAAAUUCCUGGCAGUACAUGGCAUCAGUGCAGAGUGACGGAAAGCACAAAUGUGGAGGCUUUCUGAUCCACCCUAGCUUUGUGUUAACAGCAGCGCACUGUAACGAAGGUGGUGCAAUGACGGUCGUCCUCGGCAGUCAUAAUAUCAGUGCGCAAAGGAAAAAUCUGGAAAGAUACAAAGUGCAGCAAAGAUUCAUCUACAGAUCAUACAGAGAAGCAAAGUCUGGAGAUGACAUCAUGCUUCUGAAGCUUUCCAGAGAUGUCAGUUUAAGCAAAUAUGUGAAAACAGUCAAGAUUCCAAAAAAAGGAAGAAUCAUCAGGCCAAAGUCCAAGUGCUUGGUCGCAGGGUGGGGUUUUACUGAAAAAAAUGAAACGUCAGACGAUCUUCUGGAGGUUAGUGUGCAGACCGUGGACCCGAAGAUCUGUCAACAUCUGUGGGGGAAAAAGAAAGUUACACUCCCACGCAACGUAAUCUGUGCUGGAGGCUACAAGAGCAGAAAUGGAGCAUGUGAGAAGGAUUCUGGCGGUCCUCUGGUAUGUAACGGUGAAGCAGUGGGAAUAGCGUCCUUCAACAGCGGCAACUGCAUGCGACCAGACCGCCCGAAUGUUUACACGCAAAUUUCAAGUUACAGUUCCUGGAUUGCAGAAACGAUCAAAAAAUGA